GGUGACCCAGCUUGGUGUACAUCCCUCAGUACCGGGCAGCGGGUCCCGGAGAGAAGCCGGCUGCUCACUUCCUGGGAGGUGGAGACGAGACAUGCGGCUUCCAGCUGAACAGGCCGAAGCCGCGGACUUUCCUGACUUGCUGCCCCGGCAGGAGGCACUGGGGAUCUCUGCUGACCUGUGAAAGAUGCCUUUGGUGGUAAAAUGGCCGUUUCCUGCCCACAUGAAAUUACAAUGGCAUGUUACCAGUACCGUUAUUACAGGACUUGUUGGUACCUACAGCUGGAUAUGGACCAAACACAUGAAUCACCUGAAAGUGCACAACAAAGAAGUCUUGUAUGACCUUAUUGAAAAACGGCAAGUGGAUACACCUCUACUCACCAUUUCCAACCACCAGUCCUGCAUGGAUGACCCACAUCUCUGGGGAAUCCUGAAACUGAAGCACCUCUGGAAUUUGAACAAGAUGCGUUGGACCCCUACAGCUGCCGAUAUUUGCUUUACUAAGGAGAUCCACUCGUUGUUCUUCAGCCUGGGAAAGUGUGUACCAGUAUGUCGAGGCGAUGGUGUGUAUCAGCAAGGAAUGGACUUCAUUAUAGAAAAGUUGAACAAUGGUGAAUGGGUGCACGUAUUUCCUGAAGGAAAAGUUAAUGUGACAGAAGACUUCAUGCGCCUGAAGUGGGGCAUUGGGCGUGUAUUAUCUGAGUGCACUGUGAACCCCAUCAUCCUUCCUCUCUGGCAUGUUGGUAUGAAUGACGUGCUCCCAAAUGAUCCACCCUACAUUCCUCGCUGGGGACAGAAGAUCACUGUUCUGGUGGGAAGUCCGUUCAGUGCUGCAUCUUUGGUGGAGAAGUUGAGAGCUGAAAACAGAACACCUACAGAGAUGAGGAAAGUUGUUACAGACUAUAUCCAGGAGGAGUUCCGUAAGCUGAAAUCCCAAGCUGAAAACUUACAUCAGGGUUUUCAGGAGCAGAGAUGACGCCAUGCAAAGUGACCUCGGUGUACAGCCACCUAUGCUGACAUUCGUUCAGUCACCAGAUGCCUUCCUGCCUGAAUGUUUACCCAUCCAGACCUCCUAGCAUUUGGACCAUUUUAGGGAUCCAAGGACACUGAUUUUAGUUUCUUAGAAUAAUUAUUAUCUAUGUUUGAUUACGUUUGUGCCAGACCUGCUGCUAAACCACAUUGAAGGAGAAUGAUUGAUUUUACGUCUUGCACGUGCGAAUGCGUAUAGUCUGUGUACUGACCCAAUGCACAAUAACCACGCAGUGAGGAAAUGGGUUUCUAAAACAUAUUUUAGAUACUUCCAGCUCCAUUGAUCUGUCCUGGUUCUAGCAAUAGUCUUUUUUUUAAAUGCGGCCUUAAGGAGGUUAUCUGCCUAAAUGUAAUAG